AGCGGCUUUGAAAACGAUAUUAAUCAGGGUCUAUCCUCAAGCAAUUUCGAUUUGGAAUCAAAUAAUAUCAGCAAACUGGAUCUGAGGUCUGGUUUGGACGAACAUUCCAAGAAACAAAUAUUGAAAAUAAUGAACGACAACAAGUCGCUAUCGUUCGACCAGGCAAGAUUAUUCUAUACCAGAAGAAUAAUGGCUGAUAACGAAAUAGCUCCUGAUGGAACUCCUCUCGAUCCGAGAGCUGUAACUUUC